AUGGAAUACCACGAACAUUAUUACAGUAAAACAUUUCCACCGGAAGAUCCUUAUUUUUCGGGAGGCAUGAUCUCAAUUGACGCGAAAUUUUUAGGUGGAACUAUUAACACUCGUGGAAAUCAAGGUUCUCUCAAAUUGAUGGCAAAAGAUUAUGGAAUCAUACUAAAAGGUGAUGAAAACACUCAGUCAUUCUUUUACCGAGGCAAAACAUUCGCUCUGAAAUUAAAAUCGGAUAAAACAUUUAUUUUAUUCAAAAAUAUCGAUGAUAAUACUUUGAUUGUAUCAAAUUCAUCAGUUUCCUUUACCAAGCAAUUAUCUUUUUCACAAGAUAACAAAGAUUGGUUAGAAUCUAUAAGUAUUGGAUUAUACGAUCGAAAGCCAUCUGUCAAUUGGUCGAUAAACACAAAUUUUGGAUUAAUAUCAUUCGGUUACCAUAAUGGAGAAGGGAAAAUGCUUGCGGCGUAUCUUAAUCCAAGAUAUAAAGUUUAUAGUGGAAUAACUUUUAAUAAAGGUCCUUCAUUUCCAUCAUUUACGGGUUUCAAGUAUAAAAUAUUCCCACGUCCUGUAAAAUCAACAGUUCUACAACUAAAUUUGUGUCUCCACAACGAUGUAAGUGAAAGUAUUAGCAUGGGUAUUAAAAAUCUUUACUCCAAGCAUCUUAAUUCGUACUUUUCAUUAUACUACGAUAUUGUUUCAAAUUCUCGUACAAUUAUUGCUGAUUUUAUACCAGAUAAACCAGUUUCCGGCCGACUAUUUAUCACUAAUGACACUACAACAUGUACAGUAUCUGCUCAGGUUACUCCAAAAUUUGAAUUCUCGAUGUCUCAAAAUUUAACUUAUAUAGGAAAGCCAAACUUAUCAUUUAAGUUUGGAUUAGGUACAUUUCCAGUAAGAAAAUCUUUGGAUGAACUCUUUUCUUCAAAAUUCUCCAAUUUUUGUUAA